AUGUCUGGAUCCACCGGGAAGAUGCUCCACCAAGUUUUCGGAGGCGGUGACACCUUCGGGGGAGCUAGUCCCAAAGUCGGCGUUUCACCCCGGGAGCAUCUCUCACCGUUGAAGAUAUUCGUCCUUGCCAAGAAGGAAAUUAAUUCAACAUUCGGUGACAUCUCGAAAUAUGUCUCGGAGGGCGGCGAAUUCCUCUCUUCCCUGGAAUUGGAUAAGAUGCCGGUCAUCGACAAUGCCGAUAGAGAAACAGUACUAGCUUUCCCCGACAAAGUCCGCGGCAUUCGUGAGGUUUUGGCCCGGGACCACAUGAAAUGUGUUUUUUUCGGAAGAACAAGCAACGGAAAGAGCACAGUCAUCAAUGCCAUGCUGCAAGAUAAAAUCCUCCCAUCCGGUUUGGGACACACCACGAAUUGUUUCCUACAAGUUGAAGGCUCCAAGAAUAAUGAGGCGUACUUGAUGCUGGAGAACACAAGCGAGAAAAGGAGUGUGGAGUCAGUAUCGCAGUUGGGGAAUGCCCUUCACGGAGAAUCCUUGGAUCCAAACGCACUUGUGAGAAUUUUCUGGCCUAGCAAUAAAUGCAACCUCUUGAGGGAUGACGUCGUCCUGCUCGACUCCCCCGGAGUUGACGUGUCGCCCAACGUCGACGAUUGGAUCGACAAGUAUUGCCUCGACGCGGAUGUCUUCGUGAUCGUAGCCAACGCUGAGAGCACUCUCACCACAACGGAGAAAAAAUUCUUUCACAAAGUUUCCGAGCGCUUGUCGAAGCCGAACGUGUUCAUUUUGAACAAUCGAUGGGAUGCGUCGGCUAACGAGCCCGAGUGCAUUGACAAAGUCCGGAAACAGCACCUCGACAGGAAUAUUUCAUUUCUACUAGAGGAGCUGAAGGUCUACGGCAGCAGAUCACAAGCGGAAGAAAGAGUGUUUUUCGUUUCCGCUCGUGAAGUUCUCAAUACGAGAAUUCAGAAACUGAAAGGAGAACAGCCCUCGGGAGGUCAAAUCGAAGGCUAUCAAAGUCGCUAUUUCGAGUUCGAAGAUUUCGAGCGUAAAUUCGAAAAAUGUCUUUCUGAAACCGCUGUGAAGACGAAAUUCCAACAACAUUGCGAGCGGGGCGUGAAGAUCGUCAGCGAAGUGAUGCAAAUCAUGGACAAAGCCUUCCAAAAUGCAACCUCUUUACGAGAAUCGAAGAUCGCAGACAGAAACGAGUAUCUCGAUCGCCUUGAAUUCACCAAAAUGCAGAUGCACGAGCUCACUGAUGAAGUCAAACAUCGGAUCGAGCAGCUUGUCGAACAGGUCGAAUGUCAGGUGACCCAGGCUCUCUCGGAAGAAAUCCGAAAACUCAACGUCCUCGUGACGGAAUACGAGCGACCGUUCCAUCCAGACCCGGCUCUGCUGAACCUCUACAAGAAAGAACUUCACACCUACGUCGAGAAGGGUCUCGGCUCGAAUCUGAAAGCUAGAUUGAAUUUACCUCUGCAGUGUUCAGUGGAAACUUCGCAGAAGGAGAUGGUCAACCGACUCGGCCAGCUGAUCCCGGAAAAUCUCCAAGCUCAAAUGCAGAACGCCCUGCCGAGGAAUCAUUUCGAGCCGCUCUAUCGCUUGAAUUGCGAGUCUCUGUGUUGUGAUUUCCAAGAGGAUCUGGAAUUCAGGUUUUCGUUGGGUUUCGUUGCCAUCAUCAAUCGCUUCCUGGGUCCCCGGAAAGCUCAGCAUCCUCUGCUGGGCCAGAGUUCGAUACCCAGGCCACUUCCCAACGCGACACCGACAGACUCACCAGCUCCGACCCGUCUGCGGGAGGCGUUCGGGAACCCCGCCGAAGAAUGUUUAGCUUUAAUGACGAAGACCGCUCUCCUAUCGCCGACGAGCCAAACAGCCGUGGGACUGUUCGCGGUAGCAGGUAUCGUGGUGAGGACGGUCGGUUGGAAGGUGAUUAUCAUCACGGUUGGCGCCUACGGUAUCGUCUACGCAUACGAAAGAAUGACGUGGACGAAUAAGGCCAAAGAGAAAGCUUUCAAGAAGCAAUACGUACAGCAUGCGUCGGCGAAGCUCAAACUCAUCGUUGAGCUGACAUCCUCGAAUUGUAGUCAUCAAGUACAACAGGAGCUGUCGGGAACGUUUGCACGGCUCGGGCACCUCGUGGACGAGGUCGUUACCGACAUGGAAGCCGAAGUCUCCAAUUUGGAUAAGCAGAUAAGCGAGGCCGAUGGAGCUGCUGGUCAGGCGAGGAAACUCAGGAAUCGCGCCGGUUAUCUCGAAACGGAAUUAGAUACCUUCAGCAAAAAGUACCUUCGUCAUGAGGAAGAAUGAGCCAAGGUCCUGCUUCACGGCUCGGAGAUCAGCGGUACCCAUUACACUGCUCAGAAACGAAUGAUUUAUCAUCUAGAAUCGACUGCUCGCCUGAAUUUGGUAAAUCCGAUCCCCGAAGACACUCGCGACGGAUGUUUGAAAAUUCUUCCGUGACGGGCGGCGUGCAUGUCGGGCAUGGUGUCGAUAUUGGCCGAGAGAGUGAUCCUUUUCGCACUCCCGUCUCUCCCUAUUCCGCGAUUUCCACUCAUAAAAUUCUAUCACUCCAUGAAGAAAGCAUUUUUCAUGAGCCCCGGAAUCUUAUUCCUCCGUCGCGUGGCGAAGUCCCUAUCGAUUCUC